AUGGCUCGCCACGAUGAUGUCGACGUGAAGACAGAAUUUGUGGCAGACGCGGUAACAGAGAUGAAGCUGGAACGAGAAAACUCGACAGAGGAUGCGUCCCUUAAUGGCAAGACCUCUAGUAAUGGUGAGGCCAAUAGCACUCCUGCGUCGCCUGCCAAAUCAGCAGUUUCAUCGCCAGAUGGGUCGUCUUCUGCCUUGAAAGAUGAAGAAUCAGAAGAAAAGAUUGGAGGGGAUAUCACCGUCAAGCAAGAGCCGGGUCAACCUCCGAAACUGGCUCGCUCUGCUACCAAGAAAGUUGUUCCCAGGAAACCUCAGAUGUUUGAUCAUCUCCCGGACAGCACCGCCGAAGCUACUUCCCUUUUUCAAGUGAUAGAUGCAUGCACAUACUCAAAUAAGAAUAUGGGCUACACAGACCAUGCCAUGGAGUGUGACUGUGCUGAAGAAUGGAAUUCCAAGACAGGAAUAAACGAGGCUUGUGGGGAAGAUUCAGACUGCAUAAACAGGGCCACAAAGAUGGAAUGUGUUCAGAAUUGCGGCUGUGGUGACAAUUGCCAGAAUCAACGCUUUCAAAAACGACAAUAUGCCGAUGUCACAGUUAUAAAAACAGAGAAAAAGGGGUUUGGCUUACGAGCAAACGCCGACCUGCGACCUAAUGAUUUUAUCUUUGAAUAUAUUGGCGAGGUCAUCAAUGAGCCGCAAUUCCGAAAGCGCAUGAUACAGUAUGAUGAUGAGGGUAUCAAGCACUUUUAUUUCAUGUCUCUGAAUAAAGGUGAAUUCGUUGAUGCAACAAGAAAAGGAAACUUGGGGCGAUUUUGCAAUCACUCCUGCAAUCCCAAUUGCUACAUCGAUAAAUGGGUAGUUGGAGAGAAGCUGCGUAUGGGCAUAUUUGCUGAGAAGUAUAUUAAGGCUGGCGAAGAAUUGGUUUUCAAUUACAACGUUGACCGAUACGGUGCUGAUCCACAGCCGUGUUAUUGUGGUGAAGCCAACUGCCUUGGCUAUAUUGGUGGGAAGACCCAGACGGAACGAGCAACGAAGCUAUCUAAUGCCACCAUCGAGGCAUUGGGAAUUGAUGAUCUGGAUAGCUGGGACACUGCUCUACCGAAACGCCCAAAGAAGAAGAAGACUGCUGAAGAUGAUGAAGAAUAUGUCGACAGGUUCCAACCUAAAUCCCUAGAUGAGGAGGGUGUCACGAAGGUCAUGGCAACUCUCAUGCAAUGCAAAGAGAAAUGGAUUGCUGUGAAGCUUCUGGGCCGUAUACAGCGCUGUGACGAUGAACGGGUCAUCAACAGAAUCGUGAGAAUGCAUGGUUACCAGAUUCUCAACUCCCAGCUUACUGCUUGGAAAGAAGACUUCAACGUGGUGCUACAAAUUCUCCAGAUUCUGGAUAAAUUCCCACGGCUUACACGAAACAAAAUCAUCGAUUCAAAAAUCGAGAGCACUGUUAAGCCGUUGACCGUCUGUGGUGAUGAGCGUGUCGAAAAGCAAGCUGCUUCUCUCCUUGAGACUUGGUCAGCGCUUGAAGUUGGCUAUCGAAUUCCCAGGAUGAAGAGAGAUCCUGCACUAACAGCCAAUAUUCCCUCGGCAAAACAAUUUGAGCGUCGAGAGGUAAUGCGUGAGCGUGAGGAUCGUCCUCGGAAAGCAACAUCGGAGUCACGAGAUAAAUCUCCAAAAUCCCCUUCAGUUGACCCUACCAAAGUCGCCCCUCGAGGUCCUGCUGCCCAUAGUAGGGGCGGAAAGAGCCACAGAAACUCAUACCACCAGGGUCCACGACCGUUCCGCCGGCCAUUCAAUCCGCUUCCUUCAGGAUGGUUCGCUGCGGAAGCUAAUGGGAAAACAUACUACUACUCUGCUCGAGGAGAUACCACUUGGGUCAGGCCAACGACACCCGCACCACAGCCACCACCCCCACCAAAGCCUGAAUCAAAGGAUAAGACGUUGCAGGACAUUAUUGAUGGGAUUAUGAAUUCAAAAGAAGAUACCCCGAAGUCAAAGGAUAAGGAGGUAUCUGCUACCCCAGCAACUCCCGCUGACGUCCAUCAAAAGAAGGAACACAAACCGAAAUGGAAAUCGUUGAGUGAAGAGAAGCAGAAGAAGCUCUAUGAAAACACACUGUUUCCUCAUGUCAAGUAUGUGGUGGAUAAAUUUAAAAAUAAGCUCCCUAAAGAUGACCUGAAGCGCUAUGCAAAGGAGGUUGCCAAAAAGCUUGUGAACUCCGAUUUCAAGAAUAACCGCGUCACUGAUCCUACUAAAGUCAGUGAGAAGCAAAUAAAACAAGUAAAGAAAUUCUGCAAGGAAUACUUUGAGAAGGCUGUUGUGAAGCACCAAGCCUAUGAGAAGAAAAAAGCCGAACACAGAAGAAGGCACAACAAGCCAUCAGACAGCGGUUCUAAGGAGCAGACUAUCCUACCUCCCACCGACAAAGCUGAUGAGAGUGAGGUUGAAGAUGAUGUCAACUUAUCAGACAAUGAUGAGCCUAUUCAAGACGACAUCCAAGGCUCAUCCCCUCGGGAAGAAGAAGCAAUGACGCCAGGGGGAAGCCUGAAGAGGAAACGUGACGUUGAUGAUACAGUAGAAGAAGAUAACGACACCAAAUUUGACGGUUCUUCGUCGUCUAAGCGGCAACGAUCUGAAUCUCCACCUGUUCCUCCACCGCCUCCACCGCCUAUGAGCCCUGAUAACUCAAUGGAGGUUGAUGACAUGGAAGGAGAUUUCAAGAGACAGAGAGACGAAGAGUUUGAAUUUGAGGAUGAGAAUACUCCUUGCUCGAGAUCACCGGGAAUGUACAAUUCCCAUGUAUCAUCGCCACCCUUUCCUCCGCCUCCUCCAUUGCCGGCUGAUAUGCCUGACCGGAGCAUUGACCAAUACGGAAAUCAGCAGAGCAAUGCGGAUGAUACGGACUCCUAG